AUGGCACCUCGACGUUACCCCGUUCGUAAUGAAAACUACAAAAACCAUCGUCAUGGCAACCGUGAUGACGAAUUUCCACCUUCACCUCUACCUCCACCAUUUAAUGAUGGAGUGAAUUCAGCCUUAGCCCAAUUUAUGGUCGAAACUACUAGGCAGUUUGCCGAAGUAGUGGCAAGAAUUCCACAGCCUGUCGGCCGAUUUCAACAGGUAGGUUGCUCUAUGCGCGAUUUUGCUAGCCAGCAAUUUCGUCUAUUUGAUGGAACACAGGGAUCGUUAGUAGCUGAAGCCUGGAUUACAGAUAUCCAGCUAUUGCAUGAGACACUUGGCUGUACCGACGAGCAAAAGGUUAGGUACACAGGACUAAGGAUAACUGAUGAAAUUGCAAGAUGGUGGAAGUCUAAGAAAGAACUCUUAGGAAUAGAGUUGGGACAUAGGGUUGUUAUCCCUUGGGAUAGGUUUGUAGAAGAAUUCAAUGGAUGCUUCUUUUUGAGGGCACAAAGGAAGAUGCGGGCCAUUGAAUUCCAGAAUCUGGUACAAGGCCCUAUGACGGUAAAGCAAUAUUCCUUUAGGUUUAUUGAACUAGCAAGGUUUGGCCUCAACCUAAUCCCCGAUGAGGAAUCAAAGGCGGAAUGUUUCGAAAAUGGCCUUAAUCCUUGUAUUAAGGAGAUAGUCAUGUGUCACGAGAUCAGAAACUUUGUCAAACUGGUCAAUAUAGUAUCGGUUGCUAAAAGAGGAAUGCGCGAAUCAUUCGCCGCUUACGAACUAAAGAGGCAAGCAGCGUCGCAGGUGACAUGCCCAUCCAAAAGACCUGCACUUAGUAUUGGAAAUAGACCGGUUGAGAAGAGGAAUUUCCCUCCUACAGCAGGGAAUCAAGCGCUUGUAUGCCACAAGUGCGGGAAGAUGCAUGCUGGAGAGUGCAAGGCAAAUGAACCAAACUGCUUUAGGUAUGGUCAACUUGGUCACUUCAAGAGAAAUUGUCCACUGGAUGCCUCAGGAGGAUCCCGACCCCCAGGAAACAACUUCCCACCAAGGCGACUCGCCCAAGCAAGGGUAUAUACUUUAACUCCGGUUGAGAUAGACGAAGAAGAAGAAGGAUGUGAUAACGGUGUUGUGACAGGUACCAUCUUUUUGUUUGGUAUCCUUGCGUGUACUCUUCUUGAUUCAGGAGCUAUACAUUCAUUCAUUUCCGAAGCAUACAUUAAAUUACGUCAUGUUAGCACAUGA